GAAUGUUGUGUGUUUGGCGUUCACAUGCACACCAAGCCCAUGUUUAAAUUUAUACGUCUCCAUACCUCAGUUUAAUUGAGUUUAGUGGACGGUGGACCCGUACAUUAACAUUUUUCCAUAAUAAAAUAAUAAAAUUUAGAAAUUGUUUUUUUCACUUCAGUUCAUCACCGGAAUUGUGACUGGAUACAUCCAAAUUGAGUACAAACAAAAAUAACAAAAAAAAAUUAUAAUAAUAAAGUCGACUUUAAAAGCGAAAAAAGUAAAUAAAAUUGUUGGAUAUAAAGUUGUACCGAGUACACAUCAAUAAGCACAGUUCUGUUUUGUAACCGUUUCUGGUCGUGCUGUUACAUUAUUUUUGUUUAUUAAAAGUCUCUAAACGUCUCUUCAAAUCAAACAGAAAUGAGUACUUCAUUAACGAUGUUAAUUGCAUUGUUCGUUUUCAUAAUUGGUGCAACCGCGCAAAAGGUUCCCGUCAGCGUUUACUAUGAAUCGCUGUGCCCAGAUAGUCAGGCAUUCAUCACUGAGCAAUUGUAUCCGGCUAUGAGGUCACCCAUUGGUCGGUUUGUCGAUUUAAAGCUCGUUCCAUAUGGUAAAAGUAAUUAUACCACUCAAGGCUCGGAUACAAUUUUCACAUGUCAUCAUGGACCAAAUGAAUGUUUUGGAAAUAAAAUCCAUUCAUGUGCAAUUGAACAUAUCCAAGUUAACUCGUAUCAAAAUCAACAUAAUAGAGAAUCGUUGACUUUGGAGUACGUGAACUGUUUGAUGCAAUUGACCAAAAAUUUCGCCGAUCAACUAUACCCCGGUAAACGGUGCGCCCAGCAAGUUGGUGUAGAAAAUUGGGAUGUGAUUGAGGCGUGUGCUAACCAAACGGAGGGAAGUAAAUUACUGCAAAAGAACGGUGAACUCACCCAAAGUUUGAAUCCAUCACUGACGUCGGUACCGACAAUCACCUUCAGACAUCAACAAGACGAAACACAAGCUCUAGCUCUGAUCAAUUUCCGUUCAGCUGUAUGUAAGAAAAUGCUGUCACCGUUGCCGCAAGAGUGUACAAAUCUACCGAACAGUGCUACAGAUAAAACAGCCACUAGUGCUCUAAUCGCAAUUAGUUUCCUAACUUUUGUUUUUGCAUUGAAACAUUAGGGGGAGGGUCAGUGGACCGUAGGUGUUUCGUUAAUACGUUUUUCAGUUUGAGAAUUGUAAAAUAAGAUGUUGGCAAUAAAAAGUUUCAUUCCGUCCAAGCGAAAA